UGUGAUUGUGGCUUAGGAACUAUGAGAGAUUAUCGAGAUGAAACUUAUGCAGUGAGAUUUUUAAGAGGAUUGAAUGAGCAGUAUGGGACUGUGAGAUCCCAAAUCAUGCUGAUGAAGCCUCUUCCAGACAUCAAUGAAAUUUUUUCUCUACUUAUUCAGCAAGAGAGACAGUUUAAUGGAUCAGAUUUGGAGACUCAAAACUUUACAGCUUUGGCCAAUUCAAUUCAUAAUUUCAACAAUAAUUCAAGCAGUGUUUCCAGAGGAAGAGGACGAGGAAUCCGUGGAGGUAGAGGUGGAAGAGGAGGAAGAAAUUCAGCACCUAAGACCUGUUCUUAUUGUCACAAGGCAGGGCAUCUUGUGGAUACUUGUUACCACAAACAUGGAUUUCCACCUCAUCUACAGAGGCAGAAAUGGCCACGAGAGACUAGCAAUGGAGCUAUGGCCAAUAAUAUUGUUGCUGGAAUUGAAGGGAGCAGUACCAACAAUGUCAAGCAGGACAAGGAAGCUGAUGGUCAAUCCCAAUUCAAUCAGAGUUUGAGAGAUGCACUGCUUACCUUUCUUCGGCAGGAGUGUGCACAGUCUUCUCAAGGAACAAGUGUGAGAGAUGUCGAUCAAUCAAAUGCAGGAAAUGGAGGAUCUUAGAAGAUCAACUCGUAUACAUAAACCACCUUCUUAUCUUCAAGAUUAUCAUUGUAUGUUACUUAGAACAGGAAGCUCUAGUAACCAAUCAUGUUCCAAGCGGUACGGUCUAUCUCACAUGGUGGAUUAUGGGAAGCUAUCCCCUACCCAUAGAGCCUUUUCCCUAGC